AUGGGGGGAUGGGGCUUUGCUGCGAGCUGUGGUGGUGGGCAGCGGUGCGAGGCACCCCUCGGCACCCCUCGGCGCCCCUCGGCGCCCCUCGGUGCCCGCGCAAGGGGCCGGACUCCCGUCACGGCCAUGGCGGCGGGAUGGACGGUGCUGCCGGAGUCCCCCGGGAAUGGCGCAGCCCCAGGAGGGCUUUGCUGGGCACAGUACAACCCCAACACUCGCCCCGGGAGGACGUCCAUUGUGCACCUCUUUGAAUGGCGCUGGGCCGAUAUUGCUCUUGAGUGUGAACGCUAUUUAGCUCCUAAUGGAUUUGGAGGAGUUCAGGUUUCACCUCCAAAUGAAAAUAUUGUCAUUACUAACCCGGACAGACCCUGGUGGGAAAGAUAUCAGCCCGUCAGCUACAAGCUCUGCACUCGAUCAGGAAACGAAAAUGAAUUCAGAGACAUGGUGACCAGGUGCAACAACGUCGGAGUUCGUAUUUAUGUGGAUGCUGUUGUCAAUCACAUGUGUGGGGCUGCGGGUGGCUCAGGCACCCAUUCCACCUGCGGAAGCUAUUUUAACGCUGGGAACAGAGAUUUUCCAGCUGUGCCAUACUCUGGCUGGGAUUUCAAUGACGGCAAGUGUCGAACUGGAAGCGGAGACAUUGAAAAUUAUGGUGAUAUGUAUCAGGUCCGGGACUGCCGCUUGGUUAGCCUUCUUGACCUGGCCCUGGAGAAGGACUAUGUACGCUCAAAAGUUGCUGAGUACAUGAACCACCUCAUUGACAUUGGCGUAGCAGGCUUCCGGAUUGAUGCCGCCAAGCAUAUGUGGCCUGGGGACAUAAGAGCAUUCCUGGACAAGCUGAACGACCUAAAUACUAACUGGUUUGCUGCAGGAACUAAACCUUUCAUUUACCAGGAGGUAAUCGACUUGGGCGGAGAGCCGAUCAAAGGCAGUGACUACUUUGGAAACGGCCGAGUGACAGAAUUCAAAUACGGUGCAAAGCUGGGGACAGUGAUCCGCAAGUGGAACGGAGAAAAGAUGGCCUACUUAAGGAACUGGGGAGAAGGCUGGGGCUUUGUGCCUUCCGACAGAGCCCUGGUCUUUGUGGAUAAUCACGACAACCAGCGCGGGCACGGGGCCGGAGGAGCUUCCAUUCUGACCUUCUGGGACCCCAGGCCUUAUAAAAUGGCAGUUGGCUUCAUGCUUGCUCAUCCGUAUGGGUUCGCACGUGUGAUGUCGAGUUUUCGCUGGCCAAGAUAUUUUGUGAAUGGACGGGACGUCAAUGACUGGAUGGGCCCGCCAAGUAACUCGGAUGGCUCAACGAAGCCCGUUACGCUCAAUGCAGACACCACGUGUGGCAACAACUGGGUCUGUGAACACCGCUGGCGUCAAAUAAAGAACAUGGUUAUCUUCCGUAACGUGGUGGACGGUCAGCCGUUCUCCAACUGGUGGGACAACGGCAGCAAUCAAGUGGCUUUUGGCCGUGGGAAUAAAGGCUUCAUCGUUUUCAAUAAUGAUGACUGGAAUAUGAAUAUCAGCUUGCAAACUGGACUGCCUGCUGGUACCUACUGUGAUGUUAUUUCUGGACAAAAGGAGGGCAACAAGUGUUCUGGAAAACAGGUGUAUGUGUCUGGUGAUGGAAUGGCUAAUUUCCAGAUUAGUAACACUGCUGAAGAUCCGUUCGUUGCAAUUCACGUUGACGCCAAGUUAUAACGCAGGAAAGACGUCCUUCUCCAGUUGGUCUGUACAUUUACUGUUUCCCCCAGAUGUGAUUCCCUGGUGUUCGAGCAUGAGUGAUUCUCUGUAUCUAGCAAAUAAUAAAUG